CUUGCACGAAGACCGGAUUAUUCCGACGUGUAGAGGUCAUAAAGUACUGGGCACUCAUGUCUCGGCGUCCAGUCUUUCCUGGUCUGUGCUGUGCUGAAGUAUCCGCUGAUCAGCUGUGCUCCUUCUUCGAUCCCUGUCUUGCUUCGAUAGCUCUGCUUAUGGUCCCUGUGUCAACGCUCCGAGUGGUGUCCAGUCAAAUUGCUGAAGAGGGAAUUUACUCCCAACAGCAAGGAUAUCUGGGCUUCAUAAGCACACGUCAAGUGGAACAGUUGCUGUUUGAUUCUUGUCCUGACUGCAAUAAACUUAGAAUGUCUUCCAUACCUCAAGGAGCUUAUGCAACAUGGAAAGUGCGUAUGAAUGAAAGUAAGAAUCAAGUUCCAGACACUAACAACAUGCUAUCUACAAAGAAAAAAGAAUCAGAAAGAAACACACCUCAACAACCAUAUUAUCCUCAUAUUUGUAAGAAAUACCUAGAACAACCCCCUGCUAAAUACAACAGCAAGCUAAUGAACAGUAUCUGGGGACUCUAUAAUCGCUAUUCUGUGCAUAACCUUAAGAAAAUCACAGAAGGGGAGGAAGCUGUUCAGGGAGUACAGCAGCUCUGUGCUGCUGCUACUCCAUCCUCCUUGAGCUCUGGCUCAAAGGGAGGUUCACUGCAUAACGGUCCACAACGCCAUUCAGCCACGGAUGCUUUCUGGACUGGGUCCAUUUACUAGAAAUAUAAUGAGCCUCUGGUAGUCAAUGGCGGAGCCAGACAUUGUAAUUCUGGUAGCUACUGAUUGGGUAGUAGCUGGGCAUCAGUAAUGAUAUUCAUGUGCCCCAGUGAUGGAUCAUUCAAUACAAAAGAUAUAAUAUUUUGUUAUUCAUACUAUUAAGCAUGUUUUGUACUCCUUAAUACUUUGAUGUUGACAUACGGGCUUAAUGAUAAUAAAUCUGUAAUUAAUAACAUGAGCACAAAAGAUUAUUAAAUUAAAAGAUCAUUCAUUUACUUAAUCAGAAAAUUCAUGAUAAGCUAAGAGUUGUUUAGUGGAAUGAAAUUCUGUUCAUUGUUCUAGUCAGAUUAUGACAAAAAUAUUUAAUGAACAGAUUUUAUGUGAGAAAGAAGCAGAAAUACAAAGAAUGAAAUCAAAUUCUUUGUCAGAAAGAAGAUAAUGGAAUCUGAGACAGAGCAGAUGUUUAAGUAUUAUUUUCUUUAAAUAAGGACUGUAACACAGUGAGGACAACACAAGUUCUGUUCAUGUAAGAUUCCAUGAUUAAGAAGCUGUAUUAAUUCUAUUGACCAUAAAGACAGCUGUGAUAAACAUGUUUAUGAAUUGUUAAUCUUUUAAGAAUAAAUAUUAUAUCAGCAUAUAAUGAAACUAAGUGGAGUUCUUGGUUAGAUAUUCUGUGUAGUUAAUAGAACAAGAAUAAAUCCAAUCUAUUCUGUC